AUGAGGAAAGAUAGUGAGGAAGAAGAAGAACAAAAUGUUUUUGUUGGUGAAAUUAGACAUAUUAAAAAUAAACCUGAAGAUAUUAAUUUAGUUGUGGCAAAAAAUUUUAGGAAAAGCAAAAAUCAAUUUUUUAAUAACUUAAAAAAGAUUCUUAGUUUUGAAUGUUUUUACAUAUUUGAAAAUAGGUAUUUAUUAAGAUCGGACUGUUCAUCAGUUUGGAUUAGAAAGUUUAAAGGUGAGUUUAUGGUUUUUGUAACAGUAAAAGUAAAGGAAUUAAGAGGCUUGAUGGGAAAUCUUACACAUUGGGAAUACGUUCUAAAUGAGAAUGAAGAUAAUCAUGAAAUUAGUAUGGAUGCAGAUAGAUUUGUUAUAAGUUUGCCAAAUGAAAUAUUGAUGAAGAUUUUAAAGUAUUAUUUCGAAGUUUGA